GCGUAUGAAAAGAGACAGCUAUAAUUGUUGAUCAAUUAAUAGGAUCCAAUGCAACUGACCCUCGACAUUCGGAUACAUACAUACACAUUUCGCGAUCGACUCUUCUUUGUAUUGACCCACCCACACUUUGUUCGCGGAACGAAGCGCUCGUCUCAGAUUGCUCUCAACUUUCGCGGUCGAUCGUUGAAGGAACCGAGACAAAGGGCCAGUCGGGUGCUAAAUAUUCGGCGGACUCGCCAAAUUGUCGGGAAACAACGGAUCGAUUAUGAAACAGCGCGCGUCGCGUUUUCGUACGACACGAAGCUGUCACGGGAACGCAGCGCUCUGAGAAGGGCUCGAGAGCGAGAAACACGAGAUUGCCGAGUGUCUAGUUCGCCGCGUCAUUUGCCUGGACAUCGGCAUCUAUCGUGGCAUGUUUCAACGCACAAGGUAACUUAUGCCAGGUGAAUGUCUUAUUCUUGGUGGAACAAUGACUUCAGAUUACUUUGCCUUGCCGCUUAAUAUGGAUAGAGUGUGCAGGAUCUGUCUGACCGAAGGUACCAAUUUAUCCCCAAUCUUCUCCAAUAAUCAAGAAGUCAAUGAUAUGUCUGGUCUUUCUCAAAAAAUACAAGUCUGUGGUUCCAUCGAGAUACACGAACAGGAUGGAUUACCUUCCUUAAUAUGCGACGCUUGUAUUUAUAAAGCCGGUGUUGCGCAUGAGUUUAGGGAGCAGUGUCAACACUCUGAUGCAAGGUUGCGCAUGUACUAUAAUAAGCCUGUGAAAUAUAAUAGCAUGGAUUCUUACACACAAACAGAUCUACAAUCGAGAAUUGCACUAUCCAAUUUUACGAAGGAAGACAUGCAGGUGGUCGCAAACCCACAGGAGUAUAUUCAGGCCACUGAUACAUUUUGCAAAGAUGAUGCUGCUCAUCUGGUAAAUGCCAAUGAAAUUCAUUUGCCGGAAGACAAGCUGUUUAUAUGUUCUAUUGGAUUUGAAGGGAAUAAAGAAGAGGAAGUGAAAGAUCCUUGCAUACCAGAGACCGAGGUCCAUCAAAUAACAAUAGUACAGGAAGAUACAGAAGAUGCAACCAACAUUAUGAGUUUACAGAACAAAGAUAAUGAGACCAAGGAAGUCGAGCAGUACAUAGAAAAGAAUAGUGUAGAACAGGAGGAACAAUUUAUCAGCGAAACUUUAUCCAAUGAUAAUAUAGAAGAGGAGAGCAUCCCGCAGAAACGUACGUCUACGAGAAAAGCAAAAUUAACCAAGAUGUACAGCGACGACGAAAUUGGUGAUAAUUAUUAUGAGCCGAGCAGCGACAGCCAAGAUUCGGUGGAGUCAAAGUUCAAAUGCAAAGUCUGCUCGAAGAAAUACGCCACACAGAAGGGUCUGAAGAAGCAUUCGUUGGUACACGAGAAGAAGUAUAAAUGCAACAUCUGCUUAAAGAUGUUUUACAAACAGGAGAAUAUGGAGAAGCAUCAGAAGAUACACAAGUCGAAGCCGCACGCGUGCGAACUCUGUCGCGCGUCCUUCUCCAAGCCGCAGAGCCUCGUGAGGCAUUUGAAGUCUCACACGGACAAAGUGAACGAUAUGAUUAAGCAGAUCAAUACAAACGAGCGAAAGGACAGCAAAGAACCGAAGAAGGAGCUCAAGAUUGAGAACGACACCGAGGACGAGACCGGACCCGCAAACGAAAUGGACGAGUUCGAGAACGCGCCAGAGUUGUACAAAUGCGAGAUCUGCAGCGAGAUUUGUUCGUCCUUGAAGAAUUUGAAGAGGCACGCUCUCGUGCACGGUGAUAAAAAGUAUUCUUGCACCGUGUGCAAGAAAUGGUUCUUUAGGCCGGACACGUUAAAGAAACACGCGGAGAAGCACGGACACGGACUGUUGGACAAUUUGGCGGACGACAACAAGCUAUACGAUUCGGACGACGACAAUAUGCCGAGCAACAACACGGCGGAUCCCGCGCCGGAGAAUGAGAGCAUCAAGAAAGAGGAGAGCGACGAGGAAGGAGAAUACAAGUGUCAACACUGCGACAAGGCCAUGGCUACCAAGAAGGGCCUGCGGCGGCACGUGUCGAUGCACAAGCCCAAGGCUGAGCCCGUGACCUGCGAGAUCUGCAGGAAGGUUUGCGCCAGCCAGGCUCGUCUCGUUUUGCAUCAGAAGACGCACAAACCGAAGGAGAAAGUACCGCGCGAGUAUCUCUGUCAUAUCUGCAGCAAAGUGUAUCCGAGCAAUUCGUCUCUCACGUACCACAUGCGCACUCACACCGGCGUCAAGCCGCACGUGUGCACCACGUGCAACAGCGGCUUCACAACUACGACGAGCCUGGCGAAUCAUAUGCGCAUUCACACGGGCGACAAACCGUUCGUCUGUCAUGUCUGCAGCGCCGCCUUCGCCGUGAGCUCGGCCUUUCGCAGACACUUGACGCGGCACACCGGCGAGGCGAAUUACUUGUGCAAAACGUGCGGCAAGGCCUUCAAGAGACUCAGCACGCUGAAGGAGCACACGUAUACUCAUUCCGGCGAGAAGCCGUACGUGUGUAAAACGUGCGGCGCCGCAUACAGUCAUAGCGGCAGCCUCUUUGCGCACCAGAAACGUUGCCGCGCUCAGUACGGCGAGAUGAGCGAGAUGAUCGUCGAGGAUCACAAUCAUCAUCACAUACCAGUCACUCAUAUUCACGUUAACAUGAAUAAUGUGAACAACGGGGCGGGAGUGCGACCAGUCACUGUGAUAGGUCAAAUGUUUUAAGCGAGAUUAAGUAACGUCAUUGAUUUCAGCCUCACUUGCAAGCGACUCUACAAUGAAUAUUGCGAACCGCUGAUAUGCAAUUAGAAAUCCUGUAUACCGAAGCGGCACGUGUACGCAAAUAACAAGUGUGCAUGUUGCGAAAUAUACAUCAUUUGUAAAUAUACGUGCGAUCCUGUUUGAAAAGCGUUUUUUGAAAAUCUGCAGUCGAGGAUUAUUGACGUAAGUGUUUUGAUUUCGGAAACAUGUAAACGAGAAUCCAUGAUAUGGAAUUACACAGUUUCGAGAAUCAGUUUGAUACAAAGAAGGAAGUUUUUUCCAGCAAAAUAGAAUGGAUUACUAAUUAAAUCGUGAACUAUUUUUUUAUUAUUUGAUGUCAGGCGUGAAUAACGGGCAUAUAUCAACAUGUAUGUAUAUAUAUAUAUAUAUAUAUAUUUUUGUAUGUAUUCAUAUAAUCCAGAUCUUGAUGUACCACAUAUUACAUUACAGUUGUUUCCGUUACUUCAUUUUUUUUUAAACUAAUUGAUUUCUGCUGUAUUUAAAAAUUCCUUAAAAACGCACGUUUUUAUUAAAUUCAGCAACUCGUCGUGUGGCAUAUAAAUUCAUAAAAGAUUCUAACACAAAAUGUGACAUACUUUGUUAAUUGCUUAAUUUUAAAAAUAUCGCUUAACAAUUUUAAUAGCUGACAUGUUGGGAUAUAUUCGCUACAUGUGUAAUAUCAGGUAUACAAUUUCUGGGCUGUGAUCACAUAAUGAUAACUGGAUAAAAGAAAUUGAUAAGUUUUAUUUAUUUAGCAAAGUUAAUCGGCAGAUUUAAUCGCCAAAGUACAUCAUAAUUAAACGAAAGAACAAUCAUUGUGAAGUAUAGAGAAUGAAGAACGAAAAGAAUAUUCACAUUAAUACUUACAGUAACUUGGAUCAUACGUAAUACAAAAUGAUAACAAUUACCAUGA